AGCCGGAUUUUUCUGAAUUUUUUGAAGAGCUUGAAAAUGACUAUUAGAUUUGAGUUUCCGAACCUUCGGUCACCGACUUGUCGCGGGACCGUUUCAAUUCAAAGCAUUUCAAAUCGCGUCAACACAACAAAGUAAAGAAAUUCUAUGUUGCCUUGUGAGAGACACGCAUGUUUAAUAACCACUGUUCUUCUUGCAUUGUUGGCUUUUUGUCAAUGGGUAAUCCUUCUUGCUCCUUUGUCUUUCAGAGUGGCUUUCGUCACUUAAAAUGCCGUCCAUGUUGAGGCCUGAGGCCGUUCCCCCAGCGAUUUUCGCACCCUAAUUUUUCCAAAGGAAACAUGGCAAUUCCACAGUCCAACCCCCUGGAUGCACCUAACCCUAACGCUGCUCUGGCUUAUUGGCCAUACAGCAAUCUCAGUACGAACUACGGCCGCCCGUACACUUGUCAUGAACUCUACAACCGCCUCCUCGAUGCACGCUCUGCCGAAGAAAUCCUCCAACCAGAGUUCAUGACCAUCAGCAUUGAACGCCGCGGCCCAUCCAACGGCCCCAGCGACCCAUUCCUUCCCAGACUCCUAACGGCCCUCUCCGAACACGAAGACAUCUCCACGCUCUUCCUCCACGAUGUGGACUGGUCCCACUUUGCAUCUCGCCACUUAUGGCAUUCCUCCAUCAUCGGAUUCCCCAACAUCACUUAUCUCACAAUGACAGACUGCUCGCUCCAGGCAGAUGAGUUCUUUUCCCUGGUUCGUUCGUUACCACUACAAGGGCUCGAAGUCCACAACUGUUCCAUUACGGGUGCCCUCCAUGUGCAUCCUUUUUCCACGGAUGCAAGUUCACUCAUACCCAACCAUGAAGGCCCCGAGAUCCUAUAUCUGGACGUCACUGUUAGCCAAGAUUCUAAUAUUUUGGAGAUCUUCACCCAGCCCUGGUCUCCAGUGUCAUUCUCCAAACUUGAGAAGCUUGCUAUCUCGGGAAAGGGCGAUAGCGACAUUGGCCAACAGAUCGCGAGAUUGGUCGAGCUCUCGACUCCCCUUGAGUUGAAUAUAGACUGUGAUGGUUUUAAUCUUGUACAUCCUCCACCUAUCGCUAAGCUAUCCGAAGUAAAAAAUCUCGUUGUCGUCAUCCCCCUUGACGGCACACAUGAUUUCCGGCGCACCAACGACUGCCUCAGAUGGUGGACAUCCUCCCUCAAGCAGGUUCCACGACCUAACCGCAUCUCCGAUAUCCGCAUCGUGGUCAUGGUCGAUCAGCAGUCCAUCGCUAACGUGGCUAAUCUACCCUCGGGAGGAAGGGCAACACAAUGGAUAUACUUUGACGAGGUUCUAUCAGACACCAAAAAAUUCAAGCUGCACCACAGAUUCGGCGUCACCAUUUCGAUGAAACAGAACACGGCCACUGGCACACUCUUCGAUACUCAGGUCUAUAACACGUGGAUCCAAUCCGACGCUCUCGUAGAAUCUUUUGAGCGUUAUCUGGGCAUUAGUCUUCGACGGCACGCUUAGCAUCUAAGUAGACGACUCCGAUUUGUGUAUUACGUGACGCAUAUCCAACGUAACGAUCUAGAACUAGUGAUAGAGAUGAUAGAGGAUACUCGG